UAGGGGGGCAGAUUUCAAAGUGACACCACCGGACUGUCAUAAAGCAAGCAGCAGGAUGGUCCUCUGUGCACUGAGGCAACAGGUCCUGAGGUGCAGCAGUCACUGCAGAACCUGGGCCAGGCUGCCGCAGAGACAGAGGAGUGGCUGUGUUUACUCCAGCAUCCACGGCUUCAACCAGGAUGAGAUCAAAGAGAAGCUUCAGGCCUUUCAUGGAGGCUCCAUUGAUCUGCUGAAACAGGACUCUGGCAUUGCGGUGCUGACCAUCAACAACCCAUCUCGCAUGAAUGCUUUCUCUGGCAGUAUGAUGAUAGAUCUGGAGGAAAGGGUGAGCCAGCUGGAGAACUGGCCAGAGGGCAAAGGCCUCAUAGUUCAGGGUGCGGCUGAAACGUUCUGCUCUGGGUCUGACCUUAAUGCUGUCCGAGCAAUAUCUAACCAACAGGAUGGGAUGAAGAUGUGUAUGUUCAUGCAGAAUGCUCUUACGAGGCUGCUCAGGCUCCCCCUGAUCUCUGUUGCUCUGGUGGAAGGGAGAGCAUUGGGAGGCGGCGCAGAACUCACGACUGCCUGCGAUUUCAGAUUAAUGGCAGCAGGCAGCGUGAUCCAGUUUGUCCAUAAACACAUGGGUCUGGUCCCAGGCUGGGGCGGUGCUGCCCGACUUGUCCACUUGGUUGGAAGCCAGAACGCACUGAAGUUGCUUGGCGGGGCUGUAAAAGUGGAUCCCGAGCUUGGCGUAAACAUUGGACUGGUGGAUGGAGUCCUGGAAGGCCAUCAGAAAGCAGAAGGUGCUGCCCCUCUCCUGCAGCAGGCUGAAAACUGGCUCAGUCGCUACACAAAGGGACCUGCCCCAGUGAUCCAAGCUGUGAAGAAGGUGGUGCUGUCAGGCAGAGAGCUUCCUUUGUCUGAAGCUCUGAGGACUGAGAAGGACAUAUUUGGGACGGUGUGGGGCGCUCCGGCUAACCUGGAGGCCCUGGCGAGCAAGUCCAAACACAAAUGACUUUUGUGGAAACUAAUGUUAGGGGACUGAAGUUAUAUAUUUGUUUUGAUUGAGGACUUUUACUAGGUGCAUCUGUUCAAAUGCAGUGAUAGUGAGAGAUGAGUCACUGCGCAGUGCUGUGGUUGUGAUUCUUGUUGCAUCUCUGUGAUGUUAUGCCUACAAGUUUAGAUGUUAAGAAGCAAAAACACCCACUGAAGCUUUCUUUUUUAAUGUUGCAUACAGAACUUCCAGGUAAAGUAAAUAAAUACAAAUCUGGAUUAUG